AUGCGCCACGGGCUCUACAACGGCCUGGUGGUGGAUGAAGCCCAGGACGGGCUGCAUGGCCACUACGUGCUGAAGGUGGAGGGCGAGGAGGUGUGUGGCAUGCAGGUCAUGGGCACUCAACCCUGGCGCUUAGUCUUGGGUGCUGCAUGGGCCGCUGACGGGCACGAGGCCUCGCUGGCAUAUCUGGCGGAGCAGUUGCGGCGAAGGGCGGGAAGAUCUGGCUGCAGCUUGAUCUACGACUCGCGGGAUGAACGUAGCGCAAAGCUCUGGCACAGCGAAGCCCUUCGGCACUUCGGCCUCUUCCGCCGAAAAAGGGCGCCGCGGAUCGCCGUCACUGGCGUCCCUGUGGGACUGUCGGAAGAGCAGCAAGCGCGCCUGGCGCGCGCGCCCUUCCUCAUCCCGUGGGAGUUUCUACCCUUCCAUUCCGGUCGGGUGGUGCUGAUUUGA